AUGCGCCAACGUUUGAUGUACCAGCAGCAACAGCAGCAACAGCAACAGCAACAGCAGCAACAACAGCAGCAGCAGGGACAUGGCGGCCUACCAAAUGGUACCCAAGGGCUAAGCCAAGGGCUAUCCGCAGCUCAAAUGGCUGCGAUGCAGCAAAAUCCGGGGAUGCGGCCCAUCAAUAUGAUGCACAUGCAGCAGCAGAUGCCUCAUGGCCAGCCACAGAACAUCCAGCAGCAACAGCAGCUUUUUGCGAUCCAGCAGGCGCAGGCGCAGCAAGCACACCAAGCACACCAAGCCCAGCAAGCCCAGCAAGCCCAACAGGGUAACCAGCCGGGUCGGAACACGCCACAGCAGCGCGGCUCGGCACAACCCCCGAACAUGCACGAGGGACAGGUCGGCACUCCUCAAUCACAGCAUGGCCUGCCACCAAAUAACGGCACUCCCCAGCCACACCAAACUCCUCAACCGCCGUCUAGCCAACCACCACCGCAGUCGGCAGGAGGCCCCCCACAAGCCCAGGCUACUCCAAACCCGCCGACGCAGCAGCUGCCCACUCCCCAGCAAGGACAGCCGCAGCCUGGUGCGCAGCAACAACCCCAACAAGGUGGUCAGGGCCAGCAGGUCCAACACUCCGGCCCGCCGAAUCAGCAAGCGAUGACUGCACAGGAGGCCCAACUGAAGGCGCAGCAACAAAACGCCAAUGCUAUGAUGAUGCAGCAGCAGCAGCAGCAACGGAUGAGCAUGAAGGGUGCAACCAUUUUAUAUCUCAACAUGUUUGCGGAACAUCUGAGCAGCUUCCAGAGUCGUGGCGAAACUCACGAUCUCAUGUAUUGGCAAUCGUUUGUCGAUCGAUUCUAUUCUCCGGGUGGCGUCUUGCGACAGGGUGUGUUCAAUCCUCAGGCUGGAUCAAAACAGUUUGAAAUCGCGACGCCAGCCCUGGCGCGAUACUAUCUGACCCAAUUUACGAGUGGAAUCCGUCACAUUCAGAUGGUGGUCGAAGGUGCCCGUGAGCGGGAUUCACCCAACGGCGGCCACAUAGUGGAGAGUCCUCGAACCUCAUUUAUCUACUGGUUUGCCAAUGAUUGCCAGCUCUUCACCAAUGGGACGCUGCGUGCACAUUUCGAUGUGAACAACAAGAUUGAGAUGCUUGAUAUUAUUGUUACCAGUCACAAUGAAUUCAUCCCCCGGAGCCAGGUGCAAGCAUUGGAGAAUGACUUGAGGAACAGCCCCAAAGUCCCCAAGAAUGCUAAGCGCACUCAGAAGGGCGCUCAGCAAGUCCCACCAUCGCUACCAGAGUCCAUGGUGACUGCCAAUGGCGUCCCUACUCCGGUAAUGGGCUUUUUGGAGGUGGCCGAGACGAUCUCUCAGAUGCAAAUGCUCUUCCAGUUCUCGCAAUCGAACCCCCAGAUGUCUCCCCCCGAAGCUCUCCGGAAUCUCGUCAAUACGCUCCAAACACACAAUCCUAACGCCGGAUUCAUACCGGGUCCUAUGAACCCAGGAAUGCAGCCUGGGCCUAAUAUGCGCGGUCCAAAUAUGAAUACUCCAACGCAGUUUGCGUCCCCCGCUAUGGCGCAUCUUGGUCUUCCUGGUGCCCAAGGUUCUCCUCACAUGGUCGGUUCGGGACAUGCUAGCCCGGCUCAGAGUCAAAUGGCUGGUCCUCCGGGGAUGCAGCCGCCUAUGCAACCUUCUCCAGUGGGUGUGGGCAACAGCCCUAAUGUCGGUGGUAACAAACGUCGCCGCGCGAGUACCGUCAAGAUGGAAGGUGAGGACGCUGGCGGGAACGAGGUCAACGGUACUGGCCCCGGUUCCGGCAAGAUUAAGCCUAGUCCUCGAGUUCCCAAGCGACAAAAAGGACAAGUCGCGUGA